CGGAAGUAUCUGAAGUCAGACUCACUUGAAGAUAUCUUAUUCGAAACCGGUUAUAGCCAUAUCAGCGAAAGGACAAUAGAUUCCGGAGUGGCCAUCGAUUUGGAUGAUGGAAUUGAGGAAAUAGGGAGCUGCCUCUCCUGCAAUAGGACUAAAGUUGUGAAGAGGAGACCGAGAGAUAUGUGUGUGCACUACGGACUCAUCGCAUCGGGCAAUCAGGUCAUCAGAGAUGCUACUUUUCGAGAUAAACUCAACAAGGAUCUUGGUGGCAAUGUUCUUUGCUUCGAAAUGGAAGCAGCAGGACUAAUGAACAACUUCCCCUGCAUUUACUGGCAGGAGCAUGCAGCAGCUGUCGCGGUGGCCUUUGCGAAGGAAAUUCUCUCUGUGGUGCCUCUGCAAGAGGUAGAUCAGAUGCCUACCAUCAAAGAGACCUUGACACUUUCACACGACGACAAGAUGAUCAAGAUCAUCAACUCAUCUUCGAUUGGCUCACCUCAACUGACUAUUCCUCUCAGCAGACUGUUAAAGUCAACGGAAUUCCAGGACUGGUUUAACCAAACCAAGCAAACCCUAUUCUGUCCCGGAAUCCCAGGGGCGGGAAAGACAAUUGCUACCUCCAUUUUCGUUGAACACCUGUAUAAAAGGUUUCUCCAUGAUGCAUGUGUGGGCAUUGCAUAUAUGUACUGCAAUUUCCGGCAACAGCAUAGGCAACAGCCUCAAAACCUCCUCUCGAGUAUACUAAAGCAAUUAGCUAAGCGACAAUCCUCUUUGUCUGACUUCGUGAAAAAACUUUACGAACCCCACAAAAAGAAGGAAACCCGUCCGUCUUUAAAUAAAAUCUCAAGCACCUUACACUCCGUUGUUGCGGAGUACUCGAAAGUCUUCAUAAUAAUCAAUGCGCUAGACGAAUGUCAAUUUGCAGACGGAGUUCGGUCUCAAUUCAUAUCACAGAUAUUUGACCUUCAAGCCAAAACAAAAAUUAGCACGAAGUUUUUAGCAACGUCACGACCAAUCCCAGAAAUAAAGGCGGCAUUUGAAAGAAGAAAGAGCAAAUUGCUAGAGAUCCGCGCUAAGGACGAAGACAUCCAGAGCUAUCUUCAUGACCAUAUAUCACAGCUACCGUUUUUUGUCUCAAACAGCCCCGAGCUUGAAUAUGAAAUAAAGACUGCAAUCAUCAGCACAGCUGAGGGAAUAUCUCUUCUCGCUAGGCUUCAUCUGGAUUCCUUACAGGACAAAGUGUCCCCUAUGCAGAUUGAGGUUGCCUUGAAAAGUUUUGCUAGAGGGUCAAAUGCCUACCAGCAAGCAUAUCAUGAAGCCAUGAAGAGAAUUCAGGGCCAGAAAGAGGGCUUCGUGAAACUUGCUUUUAGGGUUCUUUCAUGGAUUACAUGCUCUAAAAGGCCUUUGGUCACCCUCGAGCUACAGCACGCUCUAGCUAUUACAGACGGUGCUUUAGCACUUAACCUGCGUAAUCUGACAGAGAUUGGACUGAUAGUCUCCGUAUGCGCUGGUUUAGUCACUGUUGACGAAAAAAGUGACAUCAUCCGCUUUGUCCACUACACAACACAGGAAUAUUUCGAGCGGACCUGGAGCACAUGGUUUCCUAAUGCCCAGACAGAUAUCACAAAGACAUACGUUACCUACUUAUCAUUCGCUACUUUCGAGACUGGUUUCAGUCUGAACGAAAAAUACUUUGAGGCGAGAUUGCAGUCAAAUGUUCUUUAUGACUAUGCAACGCGAAACUGGGCACAUCGUGCCCGUGCAUCUUCAAUUGAGGGCGGAAAGUUGAUUAUAUAUCUCCUGGAGAGCGAAGCUUAG